AUGCGCCAAAAUGGAAGUGCAACUGUUGGGGUUCUGCUGAGAGAUCAUCUUGGGAGAUGCAAGGGUACCUUCACUUGCAACCUUGGCAACUGCUCCAUUACGGCAGCAGAGCUAAAAGGUGCUGCUGAAGGUCUUAAGAUGGCUUGGGACAAAGGUUACCACACGGUGCAACUCAACCUUGAUUCAACUACGACGAUCUCUGUCAUCAAAGGGAGCUUGAAUGAUUCUCAUCGUCAUGGAAACAUUGUUAUUCAAUUGAGAAAUCUCCCGAGUCUUGAUUGGGAUGUUGUGGUAUCUCAUGUCUUUAGAGAAGCGAAUUUUGCAGCCGACUUUUUGACAAAAAGAGGUCAUACUUGUAAUUUUGGUACACAUCUCUUCGAUGUGUACAUCCAUGAACUUAGGUCGAUGGCUGCACUAUAA